CGGUGUUGGCAUGGCAGUGUUGUUGGGAUGGCGCGGUGAGGGGGAGGGGGCACUGAGGUGGUGGGGCGAGGAAGGGUUGGGGUGAUCAGGUAGGUGCUGGUGGGGCAGGUGUAGUGAUGGUGGUGGUGACAGGCGGUGCAGGGCAGGGGUAUAUAUAGCCGCGGGGCGUGAGGGCGUGGGGCCGAGGCGUGUUGGCAGUGCGCCGCGCAGUGAGCGCCGGCAGGGUGCAGUGUUGUGGUGAGACGGCCUGUGCCAUGCUGCCCCUCGGCCCUGCCCUUAGGAGCAGCCUGGCGGGGGCGUCGCAGCAGGCGGCCCCCGAGGGGGACGAGGCCGCGCGUGUGGCCCGCGCCUUCGCGACUUGUGACGAGGCGGCGGUGCGGGCGUGGCUGCAGCGCGGCGGGGAUCCCAAUCUGGUGCUGGCGGGGGGCUACACGCCCCUCACCUUCCUGGUGUGCAACUCUGACUCUGACCGCUGGGAGGCCGUGGCGCGCCUGUUGCUGGAGGCGGGGGCGUCACCCCACACCCGCGCCCCCAAGGGCACGCCGCUGUUGACACUGCUGGUAAAGUCGUGCAGCACGGACCUGGUGCGGCUGGCGCUGGAGCUGGGCGCCGAGGUGGACGUGCACGGCCCUGACGGGGACACGCCGCUGCUGUGCGCCGUGCACUACCGCCAGGUGGACACGCUCAAGGUGCUGCUGGAGCGCGGCGCGAACCCCAACGUGACCUCGCGGGACGGCAACGCGGCGCUCAUGUGGGCGGCGGGGCGCAGCGACGGCAUCGGCAUGCAGCAGUCCCUGGCGUGCGUGCGCGUGCUGCUGGCCCACGGCGCCGACCCAAACUUCAGGAAUCCGCGGGGCUACACGCCGCUUAUGGCGGCUGCCAUCAUUCGCGAGCGAAACGCCGUGCACGCCUUGCUGGCGGCGGGCGCCGCGCCGGACACGCCUGACACCAAGGGCGAGACGGCCCUCAUCAAGGCGUCACAGGCUGACGCCGUGGGCGUGGUGGAGGAGCUGCUGACGGGCGGCGCCGACGUGAACGCCCGCACUGAGGCAGGCAGCACGGCGCUGAUGAGCGCCUCGUCCAUUGAAGCCGUGACGCUGCUGCUGCAAAAGGGCGCCCGGCCAGACGUGGCGGCCAGCGACGGCACCACCGCCCUGCACCUCCAGGCUGUGGAGGGGCGCCCCGAGCAGGUGCUGCGCCUGCUGGAGUACGGCGCCGAGCUGGAGGCGCGGGACGGCCAGGGCAACACGGCCCUGCACGCCGCGGUGCGCUGCACUAGUCACGCCGUGGCGGGGCUGCUGAUCGACGCGGGGGCGCAGGUGGACGUGUGCAAUGACGUGGGCGCCACGGCGGUGCACGAGGCGGUGGUGGCGUGGGACUACUUCAACACCAUCGACAUUUUCCCCGCCCUCAACACGCCCGCCCUGCGCGCCGAGCUGGUACACUACAUCGCCGAGAACGCCGCGGGCUCCCAGAGGAUGCUGGCCACGCUGUUGCAGGAGGGCGCCGACCCGGGCCGGGCCGGUCAGGGUGGCGUGACGCCUCUCAUGCUGGCGGCCGCCUCGGGGCAGGAGGGACUGUCGCGGCUGCUGCUGGAGGCGGGGGCGGCGCCGGAUGAAUGUGACGACGCGGGACGAACGGCGCUGGCGUACGCGUGCCGCUGGGGCCACGAGGAGCAGGUGCAGCUGCUGCUCUCCUGGGACAGCCCCGUCAACACCCUGGACCGCCACAACAACCUGCCAGUGUACUACGCCGCUCGCCCCGCCCACAUGCCCAUCCUGCUGGCCCUCAUGGUGCCCCUCGCCUUCUACAUGUGCUCCCGCGCCCCCUCCUGACGCUGCAUUCCCUCCUGACGCGUCCCUCACGCCCGCGAGGACAGGGGCGGCUUGCUGCGUUGCCUUAUUCUCUCCACGCAGCGCCGCGGCCUGGGGAAGGCGGGCGGCGCGGCAGCAAGUUACAGCCGCGGUGCCGCCACGCACACGCCCACUCCGCGCCCGCGCCCCUGCAAGGAAGGAAGGAGUUUUAUUAUAUUUAUAGUCUUCUCAAUGAAGAAACAAGAUGGCCGAAUGGUAAUGAUAGCAAUAAUAAUAAUAACUAAUCUAUUUUAUUGUACCAUCAUUGCGACACCCCUAAACUGAAACACGACACGGUAACACCACAAGACUAACACCAGUACGCCAACACGCACCAGGACCCGCACCGCCACACACCGCCGCUUCAUCACCACCACUCAACACAGCGUAGUGCAAGUUACUGUGCCCCAGAGCUGCCGUCAUGGUCACCCAAGGACUCUACAUCAUCACUGGAGGAAACACCCAUGAGCUGACCAUCUCCUCGACCUUUGAAAGUAAUGCUGAUGAGUCUGAGGUGUGUGUUAAUACAAAGCCAGGUGUUGGAGCGUACCUGACGGAGAUUAGCUCACCUGUGUAUCACCUGUAGCAUCGCCUGUAGCACCUGACACGCCAACCACCUCCUGCAGGGACGGAACGCGGCCACCUGCCCCGCCCACCUGGCCAGGGCGCCCACAGACACGCCCACACCUGCCUCGCUGCUGCUCACGUGCGGAAUCAAGGACCAGGGAUCGUGAGACUCAUCUUCAUUAUCAUUUUCCUCAUUUUCUUCAGGGAAGGUGCGGUUAUAUCCGGAUUUCUGAGGGUUUCUGAAGCUAUCCUGAUUUUUCUGAUGAUUUGGCUCAGGAAAAGUGUGGAUAUCCAGAUUUUUCUGAGGAUUUGGUCCAGGAAAAGUGUGGAUAAUCCGAUUUUUCUGAGGACUUGAUUCAGGAAAAGUGUGGCUAUUCUGAUUUUUCCGAAGAUUUGGCUCAGGAAAAGUGUAAAUAUUCUGAUUUUUCUGAGGAUUUGGCUCAGGGAAAGUGUGGAUAUUCCGACUUUUGUGUCUGUUUGCUUCAGAAAAGUAGUAAUUUAUGUUUUCCUGAUUAUCUGAUUCAGGAGAAGUUUGGUAGUCUUUAUUUUUCUGAUGAGUUGGCUCAGAAAAAGCGUGGUAAUUCUGACUUUUCUGAUUGUGUACAGGAAAAGUGAAAUUCUGACCUGCUUUCUUUAUACUACCGCUAUUUUUCUGAUAUUUCUCGUCACCUCGGACAGACAAAGUGCUGUGUUGAGUAAAUAUCUUCGUAUUACUGAAGUUUUUCACAUUUUCAUCACCAAAAUCAAGCGAAAUUAUUAAGUUCUGGUCAGAUUUCCCGACAUUAGUACAGUCAUCCUUAAGAUUCACGUUUUCUGUUUUAAGAUGCUGUUUUCUAUCAGUUUUUAGUGGUAAGCUAAUAUAUUCUGCCUCCUCAGUUACUACCUUUAAAAUAUCAGAUAUCACAUCAUUAGCCACAGAUCUUACGUGUCUACCGUUUAUGUCAUUGUUGUUGUUGUUAUUAUUAUUGUUGUUAUUGUUGUUGUUGUUAUUAUUAUUGUUGUUGCUGUUGAUGGUGAUGACAGUGGUGAUGAGCUGAAGCAAUAUUAGAAGCAGGUUCAUGAAGCCAAAAUAAGAGAAAGUUUGGUGAGGUGGUGCGCAGUGCGAUGCUCCUCUUGACGCAGCUACCCAGUCGUCCAUUUUCUAUUAAAA